AUGUCAACAUCAUUAACAACUGAUAAACAUCGACUGCUGGUCUUCCGGCGGCUCGGCACCAGUCUGGCGAACCACCGCGCAUCCUUAUCCUCAGAACUGGGCUCCCUGUGGGACUUCUUCCGCAUCGACCGCGAGAGGAGGCGUUCGGCUCCCGCCGCCACGUUCGACCACAUCCCACCGAUCGACACCAAGUCCCCGGCGAAGCUCGCCAGGGACUUGCUCCAAGUUGUCCAGGACACCGUCUUCUCCCGGAGGUUCGAGGAGAAGCGCUGCCCCCUGGUCAAGGAGGAGUCCGAUUUGAGUUCUGACGAUGAAGACGGCACGGAGAGGCGGAUCGCCAACCUGAUCGAUUUCUUCUUUACUAUUGUAAAAAGUCAAAAGGAGGAAAGAAAAGGUAGCGGUGGAAAUUGUUUCAAACGAGAAGCCAGCCCGGAAGACUCGAACAACGUGUAUGUGCCAACGAAAGCGAACACGGAGUUGGAACAGAAGAUGGAGACUCUCAUAGAGUUCCUGGCGACGACCGGUUGCGUCGAAGAGAACAACGAAGAGAAGAAGAUCACUCUAAUGGAGUUUCUCUUCGGAACGGAGGAGAGGAAGUUAGAGAAUCCCACUAUAGAAAUAAACGCUAAAGGAAUAAGUCUAUCUGAAUCUAAUGUCAACGUAAAAAACUUAACAUUCAUAGAUGAAACUCCAGGGGACGAAGGAAGUGAAACUUUAGUUGAAAUGUUACUCAAAUACAUGGAAGAUUACGGCGGAAAAGAGAAGGAGGCACCCAAAUCUCUAUCAGUGACUCCGUCGUUAUCGGAGAAAUCGAAAUCUGAUAUGACAAUAAGCAAAUUUGAAACGAUAAGUGAUAUUAGCAAAACGAAAUCCGAUUCAACGUUGACACACACGCAAGACACUGUGAUAGACAGAGGGGAGAACUCGAGGCGAGUGUCUGAGACGGUCAUCGAUUUGAGUUGUAUCAAAUCUGAUCUCGAAGGAAUAUUUGAGGAAGCCGUUCUCAGAGUGUACGAGUUGAACAUGAUGUUUGAAGACGAUACGAUGAGCGAGCAGGAGGACAUGGACAACUUCAAUGCGUACACGCAGCCUCCACACAUGAGCUACAGCCAGGGGCAGCCGUACAGCGUGGAGCUGUCAGACAUAAUAGAAGAAGACGAACCGGAGCCUUCCUCCCGAUGUGUGGACAAUAUGGGUCAGAUCAGACAAUGCGCUGAAGAAUUAAUACUCUACAUAGAGAACAAGAUACGAGAUUACCCCUUCGACGACAGUUCAGGACCGUCCACUGAAGAAUACAGUCGAGAGUUCGAUUUGAGUCCGAGUCAGAAAUCAAUCAGCUUAGUGGACUUGAGGAACAUACCUGAUUUGCCGCAGAGCACGAUGGUGAAGCCUAAAGUGCUGAGAGUCGACAAGUCUACAUCGACCACAGAAAUAUCGGAAUCGAUAUCAGAGAUGUGCCGGCGAAUCGAUUCAGCGUGUAUGACUGACGACACGUCGCUGUCGGCCAGCUCGGAGAGAAACGAAAGGGCGUUAGAUAAAUUGGAAUCGUUGCACCGAUUCUUCUCCCGAUCUCGAUUGGAGAUAAUCGAUGAGAGUUUAGAAGAGAACGGUGAUAAAAUCAAGAGCCCCAAUGGUAACAGAGCCCCAAAAAUGGAUGUGAUCAAAAGUGACAUCGCAGAGUAUAAAAAAGGGCAAGAAAGUUUGGAUGAUGUGGAAGAUCUGUUGGAUGACAAUGAUAAAAUGGACAGAGAUUCUGACAAAAUGUCGGAUGUAAACAAAACUGAGCAAUAAACCUAUUGAGAAUAUCAUGAAAAUUAAUUAAAAUGCGUAAUAAUAUAGGUAUAGUAAGCGGCCUUUAAGUUGAACCAUGCGCAGGAGCAUUUUAUCUGGUGUUAGCGGCGUACGGUCGAGGUGCCACGAGCUGCUACAGCACCUCGUUGACAUUACAAUCACGUAUGAAAGUUUCAAUUACUUGACAUCUUUAAUGUACCGGGCUACCACGAAGCACAAAUCUAACACUUUUGUUUAUAAUUGUACCAGUAAUUUUGGUUCAACUUACUUGCCGGAGUCUAUACAUCUGUUGUGCUGCAAAUGUUGAUGUUAUAAAUACACCUGUCAAUAAUGACAUUCGCAAUAACUUCAUUAUGAAUAUAAACGCGCCUAAUUUGACAGUUUCCUAUAAAAACAUUGUGACAGAUGUCAAUGAAACAGUCAGUGACUGCAUUUGCGUUUGUUUUAAUACAAGGGGUUAAAAUUAAAAACUUAAUACAUAUUUUUCGGGAGCAUACCUAAUAUGUACAAAAAAGUCUGUUAUUUAUAUCAGUAGUCAAAACAAAACACAAUACUUGUGUUCCGUACAUACAAAAAGGGACAUAUCAAAAAAUGUACAGGGUGACUCGGAAAUAACCAAUGCAAUGUAUUUUUAUAAUCAAAACCAACAACUUUUUCUAUCGUAACAUUCUGUCGGAGUAUAUCCAAUGGAUUUUGAAUCGAUCCAAAGUCGGGACAACUGUGUCACGCCGUAAUCCUGAAACGUGAAUUAAAUAUCAGAAAUUUGCAGGACAUACUGACAAAAUUACACGAGAAAGCAGAUAUCACUAUAUAUGACAAAAAUAUACAUGUUCUGAAAAAGAGAAUAUCCAAUAAAAAUGCAAACCGGCAUAUCGUAGUAAGUAUGUAUUAGUUUAUUUAGUACAAUAUAACUAUUAUAUUAUAUAUCUUGAUAUAGUACAUUGUAAAUAUAGCAAACAUGACAACGGCGUACAAUAUUUGCAAUUAUAUAUUUGAAAUUAAAAAAUAUAUAAAUUUACAGUACUCUAAAAUACUAUUUCAUAUUAACUAACGAUGCUUGCGCUAAAUACUUUCCGUUAAAGAUAUUACUAUCGGUUACACUAAAUUUUUAACUAACGAGAAACGAGGUUACUUAUAUAUCGACCUGUCCUCCUCAAAAUCGUUAUCGUAAAACUAAACUAUUAUAAAACCCUUUGAAAAUAUCUCAUAUACUUCACUUGAUAAAUACGUGUCACUUACUAUAAUUUGACGGUUAUGUGUCGAUUUGAACCUCUCCCUGGUGAUGCCCCUGGCGGAUUUUUUUAAAACCUUUAGAGGAAAGAGGUUGCACAGACUCAGAAUACAGAAAACCACUGGUUUUCUGUAUUCUGAGUGCACAGAUAUGAUAUGAUUAUAAUCUCACUCGCGGUAUUGUAAUCUGUCGAUAUAUUGUGAACUAAACAUACUAAUUACAAUUUAACGUGUUAUUUUUCGGUAUAAUCGAAGUGAAACCGUUAAAUUGCAAUCUUAAAACGUCAAUUACUGUCCGAACUUGCCCCUGAUUGGUCGGCUUUACAACAGACCGGUCUGUGUCCAUAGUGUUAGGAAUGAAACACAUAUGUCAGUCAAAUAAAAUACUUCAAGAAUUGUGACAUCACAUAUUUAUUUAUUAUUUAUUGACCUAAGUUUGUGUUCUAACCUUACCUAACUUUAGAUUUGACAAAAUUAUACUUAUAAAUAACAUUAUCAUCAUUUUACUUAUGGAAGAACAAUGUUUAAAAUUACGUGUUUAAAAAAAUUAAAAUACGCACUGGCACCCCUCCGAUUUUCUUUCUUUUUCUUUUUUCUUUCAUUUGUCCAUUGUAAUUUUUUACAUAGAUUAUAAUAUACCAAAAAAUAACACGUUUAAUUGUAACAUUAUGUUCAGUUCACAAAUCACAAUAUAUCGACAGAUUACAAUAUCGCGAGUGAGAUUAUAAACUAACGUAUUUUACAAUUUAACGGUAACAUAUAACUACUUCUUUAAAAUCUGCGUGCGUUUCUAAAUCGGUCCGUCGGUUUGCGAGCUACGAUGCCAAGGAUAGACAAACAUACACUUCAUUUAUUGGAAGACUGCUUCUUUUGCUUCGGAGGUUUGGAAAAACAACCUUGCUAUAUGUACUAAUUUUGUAAGUAAAAAACAAUCCAGUAAGCGCAUUUUCAAUUGAGUCAUCGGGUCACCAAACAUUUCACUGUGUCUAUUGACAUUUAUUACGGCUCAGUUGAUAACGCGUUUAAUAUGCUAUUUAAAAAAUAAAAAAUACAUUUUGAUAAUUGAAAACAUUAGGAACAUCCCUAUUCCUUGAAAUGUGACCAUAAAAAAAUAAUCAUGAACAAAACAUUUUUUAAUCAAGGUAACGUUGACAAAAAAAUAUAUUUUUUUAACUAUAAAAACAGGACGAAAUAUUUUAUGAAACAAAAUUAUGAUAAACAAAAACUUGUAAUGCACAAUAAAUUAAAAUUAUUAAUUUUAAGAUUUAAUUAAAUCAGUAAAUUAACUAAAUAUAUCUAUAAUUGUGUAUUGUCUGAAAUAAGUUUAAUUUUCUUUCUAUUCAAAGAAAAUAUCUAAAAAAACUUUAUUAAUAAAUUAACAUCUAUGAUAACAAUUUUAGUAAUAAAAAAAAUAUAUUGCUUAAUAAAAACAAACGUCUCGAAUAAGUCGAGAAGGAAUAGUGAGAUUUUUAUUAUUAAUAAAAAUAUAUAGCGACUAAAAUAUAUUAUUAUUCUUAGAUAUAGAAACCUAGGCAUAUAUUAGUGUUCUAACAACAAAUACAUAUUAAUACACAGUUAUGUAGUACAUCUAACUCACGAAGAGCGUUUGACUGUAUUGUAGCCUGCGAUUGCCACACCUACUUCAUUUUGUUUUACGACUUAAUGUUAGGCCAUACUCGUACUAUAUCUAUGUACGUAUUGUUAGCCAAUUAUGUUAGGACUUUGGUGGCUUUGGAAGGCAUCAGAUUCCAAGGGUCCAGACCAAAGAGUAUAUACUCCAAAGAGAAAAAGUGAUACUACAUACACGGAAAUAUUGGACAUAGCAGCGACAUUAUUUACGCAUACGAAAUAUUUUAAAUGGAGAUUUUUGAUUUUAAUUUUUGUAUUAAGCCUGUCCUUGUAUUUUUAUCCGAUUUUAAACCAUGGAUUUUUUCGAGUUUGACCUUAUAACUUCGUCAUUGUUUAACCAAUUUUGAAAUUAUUUUUUUCUCAGCACAUAAUGGAGAUAUGAUCGCUAAAAGAAAUACGUUUGGAGUUCAAAUACAAAAUUUUGAACUUGGACAAUUUGAAAAUUACUACAUUACAAAGCGUAAAGCCACCACAGUUCAAACUCCAUAAUUGGCUUCCACACUUACAUGGUAAAAGCAUGGACUGUCAAAUUUUCAACCUUCUUAUAAUGAUUUGUGUUUGGCUGUACACCAAAUGCGUGAACCAUGAAAAAGUACUAUUUUCACGUCGUGGAAAUGGUUGACAAAAUUAGUUUUCGGCUCACCGACCAGCUGAAAUUGCUAGUAAAAAUUAUUGUAUUAUUAUAAAUAUCUCUGAAGCUAAAUACAUAAGCUCAUCAGUUGUCGUAACUGCUACAACGUCAGCCAAACUUACGACACCCGUUCGUGAGGUAGUUGUUCUACAUGUAUGAAUUUUGCAAACAUUUACUGGCAUUUUUGAAAAAUUUUCGAGAAAUGGGGUAAAAUCAAUACAUUCCCUACUUAGUACCUAUUAUAAACUGUGGGGAACUAAGAACACAUAACUAGUAAUUUCUAUUAUGUAAACUUUUUUAGCAUAUAGCGUUAGAAAUUAAAUGAAUAUAUCCUUAAAAACCAUUUUUUAUGCCAUAUUUCAUUCGAUAAUUAAUAUUUAUUUAUUUUAUCGUCAAUUUAUAUGAAAGUAAGCGUUUGCAAAAAGAAUAAUAUCUACCCAUCUAUACAUACACAUUAAAAAGGCAAAUUGAAUUUAUAUUAGUGAAAUUAACAUUAAAUUUAUUAUCUACAAGACGUUUUAUACUAUCCUUUUGAACUUUAGCUAAUAAGAACAAAAUAAUGUUUAAUGUUAUGUAGCCUCUCUUUCUAUGUGAAAUACAUUAUAAUAUUAUUAUUAUCUAUAUAUGUAUAUUAAUUAUUAUUUAUAUAAAAUAUGUAUUUAAAUUUUAUAUAAAUAAUUAUUUUGGUUUGCUUAAACUUUUAAAUGAAUAAUUGUUAUCGAGACAUUGAUUUUAUUGUAUAAAAUAAUAGAAUAUAAAUAGAUUGAUGUAAAAGCGAGCUGAGAUUAUAUUAGGUUAAUAGUUUAAACCAAAGAUUUAAAUUAAUUUAAAAGAUUGACAUUCAAAUUAAUUUGUGUAGUUGCAUUAAUUACUAUGCAAUCAUCAUCAUCAUCAUAAUUAUCCUGAAUAAUUUUAUCGGAAAAUAAAUUUACCUGAUGUGUAUACAAAGUGGUGCCAGGAAUACGACCUUAAAUUAAUACACGAUCGCUAACAGUCAAUCAAAAUACGAUUAGGUGAUUAAAUUAAUUAUUGUAUAAUAAAUAAAAAAACUAAAUUUUCAAACAAAAUAAAUUCGGAAAUAAUCUAAAAAAUUCACAACAUCCUUUAAAAUAAUAUAAAACUAACCUCAAGUGACCUGUAGGUAAAAGCGGCAACAUCGCGUCUCCUAGUUUUUGGUUAUUUGGCGGUCCGUUUGUAGUGCGUAAAGUUCUUUCAUGCACUCGUAGGUACUUAUCUACAUAAGAAUAAUCACGCCGCGCCGGCGGGCGGGAGCGCCAAAAUUGAAUUAAUUUGUAUUUUGUACGCCGCACGAGACGAGUAGAUAUUGUUCUUGUCACUAGAUGUUUUUGUUACAAAUGUUACUAAUCAAAGCUCACACAUUUUAAACAUGAUAGGUAUAGGUAGGUACUCGUACGUAUUUACAGUACUUAGUUUAAAUUUUUAAAAUCCUGGAAAUGUCCACCAUUCAUUAAAAUACACAAGGUACAACGUCGCGAGAUAUCGGUAUAAUACUCAGUAGCAGUAUCACCGAAACGUGGCAUUAUGUUUCAAUACCAAAACACACUUCACAAUAAAAAAAACUACACAAAUCACAAGAAAUGUUUGAUUUGUAUAAAACAAUGCGCAAGGGUAGCAACUGGCUAUCACACACUGAGUCACUAUUCAAAAGACGCCGCCCGCGCCGGGAACCUAAUCUAGCAAAAACACUAAAUGUAUUUCUAUCCUAUUCCCACUUAGUAAAUCUUCCAAACACCUACAGUUAGCUAAAAACAAAUGAUAUUGAAUGAAAGCCCUUAUAGGCCAGGAUCCGGUGAAUAUUUUAACAGUUGAUGACUGUCAAAUUAAUUUUCCGUGAGUAGCUUCGUCUUGAUGAGGCGCCCAAUUUUUAAAUUUUCGAAAAUUAUUUAUUUUGGUAGCUAACAGAGUUACUAGAUAACAAAAAUGUCUGAGCAUAGGAACGAAAUAACUGACCACGCUAUUUGUAAGACAAUAUGGCUGAUAAGUUGUAUAACUAUUAAUUUAUACAACUUUUCAGCCAUAUUGUCCUACAAAUUCAAUGUUAUUUAUGCCUCAUCAAGACAAAGCUACUCACAUAAAAUUAACUUGGUAGUGAUCAACUGUAAAAAUGUUCCCCGGAUCCUGGACUAUUAGUGCCCAAUUGACAACGUCGCAAUUUUCGUUUGUUUACAUUAAAAAUAGGUACAAAAUUUGUGGUGCCGAAUAAUUAUUGUAGGUAAGUAUGGUAAAGACAAUAAGAAUUUUUAUUCUUAUGUGCAUUAGGUCUAAAUUUCAAUAGGAUUUUUGUUUUUUGUAAGUUACCAAUAUUUUUUAAAACGCACAUUUUAAAUUGUUAUUUUGGUUUAUCAAGGUGAAUGACCUAGUGAAUUUUCGUGAGGUAUUUGUAAUACAUUUACAGCGUGUUCAAAAAUUGUUUAAGUGAAAAAAUUAUUCUGUGGCUAAACCACUGCAUAGAAAUUAAUAAAAAUUGGCGUGCAGACUACUUACACGAUACCCCAUAUGUGGUUGAAAUUAAGGUCGUAAUCGUUUCACCACUUUGUAUACCUACAAUCGUAUUAUAAAAUAAAGUUUAUCGUCGCGUUUGGCUGUAAAAUCUAAGAACGUAUUUUCAUACGGUGUUCCUCAAUGGAUAUAGUGAUUCAUGAGGAAUGUUAAGUAUUUAUGUCGUCGACAUACAUUUGUUGAAAUAUGGCGAUGAUUGGAAGUUUCUUUCUUCUUUUAACGAAAACGCUGCCUAAUCCAAAGGGAUUACGUUUAUAAAGACAACAAAACAUGCAUAGUAGGGUAUUCCUUUUUUGUAUAUUCUUUCUAACAAACAUCUACUUCCACAAUGUGCACGCGGACAACAUUUUGGGCUUUUAUAGUGUUUUUAGUAAUCAGACUCCAAGAGCACCUCACAGCAUCGUAAUGAUAUCUACGCACAAUUGCGCCGUUGCUAUUUGGAAAUUGCAGGCGUUGCGUAAACAUUAUAGCGGAAUUACAUAAACAUAUAUCAUAAUACAUACAUCUUACUAACUCAUCUAGAUUAUUAUUUAUAUGGUUCUUGAACUGAAAUAAAAAUUCAUUUAUUUUAUUAUUUUUAUUUAUUUAUAAACAAUUAACUUAAAUCUUUGCUUCAAACUACUUUUACAUGUAAAUUAUUUUAAUAACCAUUGAUAGAAUGUAUUUUAAGUAAUAUUUAUUUACUAUUAUACAAGUAGCUGUCAUAACAAAUAAAUUAUAUUGCCAGUGUUUUUGGGACAUGGAACAAAACUAUUUAUAAAGUACCGCCCAGUGAUUAGCCUAUGUGCUCCGAAUGACGAGUGUAGGUCGUAGGUGAUUACGUUAAAUUCUUUGACGACCUCUGCGCUAUUACAGUGAUAAUCAUCGGGGUCGAUGGCUUAACGUGCUCACCGAGGCACGGGGCACCAGCGACUUCCCAACUCCUGACCGAGAACAGACAUUUUCUUAGAAGCUCGGUCCAGAAUUUGAACCCAGAAACUCGCAAUACGAAGCCACCAUUACCAUAAAGAUGGUUUCUAAUUAGGGUAUGCAUUAUACGUACUAAUUGUACAAAAUGGAAAAUCCCUUCUCCAAGAUAGCUUCGAAAUGGGUCUUUUUGGUAUAUAGGCUACCCACUGAGCCGGCACACAGCGGUGCAAUGAGACAUUAUAUUAUGAAUAUUAUACAUUAUUUAUGACAAAAAACCCCUGUUACAUUAUUAAAAUAUAAAAUAAUUUUAUUAAUAUUGUUAUAUAAUUCUUAUGGUUUUAUAGUUCCAUAGAACUGCCCCAAUGAAAGAAAUGAUGAAAAUGUUCUUUUUAUGUAAUAGUAAUAAUUAUUAUGUUGUUAUAAUUGUGAAUUUACAUUCUAUUAAUAAUAUGUAUUAGAGUGAAAGCCUGCGAGAGCCAGACACGCCUCAUCUUAUGCACGCUGAAGAUGUUCAGCACAUUAUCGCGUAUUUGACAUUUUUUAUUUCGUAGAAGUAACGGUGAAUCUACGACAUAGGUAUAUAGUGGGGAGGGGGGGGGGUUCCGGGUAAGCCGUGCCCACCCUAGAAUGGUCCUGUGCCCACCCUAGCAUACUGGGCUAUCACAAAAAUAUUGUAAACGAAAUUUUUAUAUUGAAUUUCGACUCUUGUUUUGUCAGGGGCCAGGCCCCCAGAAAAUGAUCCUUUAUACGCUAAUGAUCAGCGAUGUCUACUCUCGGAGAAACAGGCAAAUCUUUGCAACACUGUUGUGAUCGCUCAAAAACGCCUCAUACUAAAUAAUGCUCUUGUGUGACGUCACGAUCACGACGAAAACUCGUUAACUAUAGAUAUCUUCAUUACCUAUUUCUGCGUUUAUGUUUUUAGUCUUCGUGUGUGUAGUUUAUAUACUAAUUCGUCAAUAUAUUAUCACCAAUUUCGCCUAAAUAUGUAUAAUCAAAGGUAGUCAAAUAACCAAUUGGUUACCGUGCUUACUACGAAACAUUCAGCUUUCAUAAAAUGCGGUAUGUCUGACUCUUGCAGGCUGUCGCUCUGUAUGUUUGUAAGUCGGUGGGUUAUAUUUUAUGAAAUGAAAUACAUUUUAUUUUACUGUG